AUGGCAGCGCACGCGGCAUGCCGGACACUGCCGGAGAUCUGGAGUCUCCUCACCGAAGAGGAUGCAAAGGAACCCUCCAAGAAGGAGGACGCCGCAGCACAGGUAGAAAUGUUGAAGCUCAUGACGGAAGAGGAGCCAAAGGAGCCGUCAGAAAAGAUGGAGGCCGUAGCAGAGGUGGCCAACACUGUUCUCCGUGCUGACGCUCUGGAAUGGGUCCCCAGAGCCCUGCAGGAGGCGGAACUUCCACAGCUAGAAAUGGAGGCCGCGCCGCAGUGGGAUGCACACCUGGAGGAGCUUCCGGCGAUGCCUGCCACCAUGACCAUUGGUCACCGUCGGCGUAUGCUAGGCCUGGAUACAGCGCCUGCAAGCGAGUUCAUGCAACAACACGAGUUCAUUAGUCUUGGAUGCUACUGUGCGCCGACCUUUGGGCUGCAGCUGCUGGAUCUCCGCAAAAUGUCUUAUCCCUUCGACUGGACGAGGACCCCUCUGGACGGGAUCGGGCGCUGCAUGGACGCAGAAUUCCAAAACUUUCUGACCUACAGAGGCUGGUGUUCGACCAAUCAGCACCCGAUCUUCCUGGAUUCGGAAUGGGGUGGCAGCUUCUGGCAUCAUGACCUGCAAAAUCCCAGAACACAGGCCGUGUUCAAUCGGAGGAUCGAACGCUUCCUUGGACUGGGCGAUGUGCCGUACGAUGCCCCAAGAGUUUUUCUACGGCUGGUGAAUCACACCGGCGAGCUGCGCGAAGCUCAAGUGCUGCGGCAGCGACUGAUGAUGGCCCUCCCGCACGCGAAGGACAUUCUUAUUUUGAUGCUGGUGGAACUGCAGGGCGAGCGUGGCCCUAUGGUGGUGAGCCUUGGCACGAUGUUCUGA